UGGAUGUCUUUCAGCAUCUUCAGAACACAGUAGCUAGCCUGUUAGCUAGAGCUUCAAAAGAUAUGAGCCGCAAAAGAGACCACACUUUUACCGAAACAAGCCUUUCUCCCGACCCUCAAAACGCAUUCAUGGACACUCCGGUGUCUGCAGCGCUACCCGAUGAAGAUGUAUUGGAAUUCGAGCCUGACGAGGAGCUACUCUGCUCGGUGAGCGACAUCACCGAACACCUUGGGAGAAACAUAACAGUGGUGCUCGAGACUGCGUUGUCCGAAAUCAGGAAAAUGGUCAGCGUCAGGAUACGGGUUCUGAAAAUGGAGCUUCGGGAGAAAACGGACGAAAUCGAAGUCUUAAAAACGAGACUAGAGGUGCAAAUAGACGGUAGGGACCCGUAUUCUGGAGGAAUGACCACCGAGGUUGCAUCUGUAUUCAGGAAAGCAGACUUCCAUUCAGGAAGCAAACACAACAACAACGACCACAAGAAAGCCAAACCAGCCAUGCCUGGUGUGAAGAAAGAAAACAUCAAUGCCAUUUGCGACUAUCUGAUGAAAGAUAAGAAUUCACGGGGUGCUGAAACGGACAGCGACCCGAGCAAUCCUUCUUCUGGUAGCGACAGGGACAGCCGCCACGAUCCCCAGCCGCACUCCCUCAACCAUCUGUGGCCGGACAGUGCCAUUCCUGACGCGGGGCAUGGGGACGGGGAAUCGGACUCGGCCACGGAUGACAUAUUUGACAUGUCGCUACCAUCAGGAAGCAAGCGGAUCCACGACUAUGAGUGGAUGACUGGGGUGGAGUACACGUCGGAUUUGAAAGGUAUGAGGGAGCCUAAAUCGGAGAGUGCCAAAACACCAGAUGAGGAAGAUGAUGAAGAGGGUGACGAGUCAAAAGAAGAAAGGAAUGAUGGAUUGGAGCAUCCCCCAGCCCCUCUCUCCCAUGACACAAACAGCCCCAACUUUCCCCUGCACCCCCAGGGCUCUCCAGGAGGGGAGGGGGACAGUUCUUUGGAGGCCCAUGUGGCUCGACUAGAACCGGGUCAGCAGUUUACCUCCCACACAUACCUCUGCCCACUGUGUGGAACCUUCUGCCCCGACUCCUUGUUCCUAGAGGAGCACCUCAAACUGAUACACGGCGACACCACCGGCACCCACAGCGCCCUGCAGUCCACCUCCAUUGCUCCCCUCUCCCUGGGAGAAGGUAGCAGUGACUCCAAGCGGGGGUUGGCGGGGCUUGAAGGAGGGAGCAUUCCGUCUGGAGCUAGGGGGAUGGGCCUAGCAAGAGGAGGAGGAGUCGGGGGAGGAGUAGGGACGAGGGAGAAGAAAGUGGAAGGGGGUUACGAGUGUGGAGAUUGCGGCCGCCAUUUCAACUACCUGGGCAACCUGCGGCAGCACCAGCGCAUUCACACGGGGGAGAAGCCCUUUAUAUGCCCAGAGUGUGGGGAGAAGUUCCGGCACGCUGCCCGAUUGAAGAGUCACCGGCUGGGGCACAACGGUGGCCAGAGCCCCUUCCCCUGCCCACAGUGUGGGAAGGGCUUCCCGGUGCUCUCCGGCUUAAAGAGACACCAACGGGUACAUACGGGGGAGAGUCCCUACGCGUGCCAGCAGUGUGGGCGGCGCUUCAAGGAGCUGGGUAACCUGUACACCCACCAGAGGAUUCACAGUGGUGCCACACCCUACUGCUGCCAGCAGUGUGGGAGGAGCUUCCGCCACCUGGGCACCUACAAGAGCCACCGCUGCACCCCCACACAGUGACAGUGACAAUCUACGCCGUUACCUUGAAGCUCGACUGGCUAACUGCUAAGUCUAGUCUAGCCAUCACAGAAGCCUAUUGAUAUGCUGUUAACUGAGGCAGGAACAUUGUCUGAGUCUAAAGACAAGCCUCAUAUGGACUUAAAAGGGAGGGAGACUGUGCCAUGAUGAAGAAGAGGUCAAAGGGCAUCCUGAUGAAAGCCAUGGCCUCGUUCAAAUAGUACAAAACACAUAAUUCCCUCUUCGGCUCCCUUCCUUGAAGUAAUCACUCAUCUAAUAAUAAUACUUUAAUUUAUAUAGUGCUUUUCAUUACAAACAAGAGUCUCCAAGUUGCUUUGAAAACAAAAACAAAUGUAGGGAUCUGGCAGUUCCUGUUUGAUGGUGUUUCACAGCUUCAGAUGUCUAGGCAGUUCAGAAAGGCAACCGGUAGCAGUAGCUUAAGUGGCAGGAGUGUUGACGAUACAGAGAAACAUCAGUUAGAUACCAGUAGACAGGCCUGGAGCUCUUCAUCAGAGAGUCAGGGAGAAUCAUCAGUCAGAUACUGGUAGACAGGCCCAGAGCUCUUCAUCAGAGAGGGAGAAACGUCAGUCCGAUACUGGUAGACAGGCCUGGAGCUCUUCAUCAGAGAGGGAGAAACGUCAGUCCGAUACUGGUAGACAGGCCUGGAGCUCUUCAUCAGAGAGGGAGAAAUGUCAGUCCGAUACUGGUAGACAGGCCCAGAGCUCUUCAUCAGAGAGUCAGGGCGAAACAUCAGUCAGAUACUGGUAGACAGGCCCAGGGCUCUUCAUCAGAGAGGGAGAAAUGUCAGUCCGAUACUGGUAGACAGGCCCAGAGCUCUUCAUCAGAGAGUCAGGGCGAAAUGUCAGUCAGAUACUGGUAGACAGGCCUAGAGCUCUUCAUCAGAGAGGGAGAAAUGUCAGUCCGAUACUGGUAGACAGGCCCGGAGACGCUUCAUCAGAGAGUCAGGGCGAAAUGUCAGUCUGAUACUGGUAGACAGGCCCAGAGCUCUUCAUCGAUCACUCAAAUGUAUUUAUAAAGCCCCUUUUUACAUCAGCAGAUGUCACAAAGUGCUUAUACAGAAACCCUGUCUAAAACCCCAAACAGCAAGCAAUGCAGAUUUAGAAGCACGUGGCUAGGAAACACUCCCUAGAAAGGCAGGAACCUAGAGAGAAACCAGGCUCUUCUGGCUGUGCCGGUUGGAGAUUAUAUGAGAAUAUAUGUACAUGGCCAUUAAGACCAGAUCGUUCUUCAUGAUGUUCAGUCGUUCAUAGAUGACCAGCAGGGUAAAAUAAUAAUCACAGUGGUUAUAGAGGGUGCAACAGGUCAGCACCUCGGGAGUAAAUGCCAGUUGGCUUUUCAUAGCCGAGCAUUAAGAGGCCGAGACAGCAGGUGUGAGAGAGGGAGUCAAAACAGCAGGUCCGGGACGAGGUGAAUUCGUCAAUUCGUCAACAGUUGAAACAUGAUCAGCAGCACGACUAGGUGGACUAGGGACGGGAACAGAUAGACGUCGUCAGCCCAGGUAGUCCUGAGGCAUGGUGCUAGGGAUCCGGUUCUCUGUGGUGGGAGAAAGAGCAAGAGGCAUGUCGUCUCCUCUGUAAGUAGCUAGGCUGGAUCAUCCACUGUCAAAGAGUAACACCCACCUGGGUGAUGCUUCGGUGGCUAUAAAAGCCCCAGAAAGGACCAACGCACCUCAACAAUAGUCUGGAACAGAGGUGAGUUUCUGCCAUUCCCUCACACCGCAGUCCACAUUCAUAUUUACAGAGCUCUCUGCUUAGGUGACCUCACGGCACCAUGGCAACCCCGGAACUCUGACAUGUCAGAUCUGUGAUUACUUUGAGGAAGGAAGGAUGCAUUUUAGUAGUAUAGCCUUUUGGGAGGAGGACACACACUAACAGAUCAGUGUGACUGCUGCCACCAUGUGGACUUUCUAUGUUACUGCACAGAUGAAGCGUCACGGUGGCUCUGUCGAGGGCUGACUACGUUUUAACCUCACUUACCUACCGAUGACUUCUGUUCAGAGCAGAUGAGUUGGCAUUUUAUCAUUUGUAAUAACUAUGCUGUAACCUGUAUUACUGACAUUAUAUUCUUUACAUGUUGUUGGUAUGCCCACGUUGUUGGUAUGCCCACGUUGUUGGUAUGCCCACGUUGUUGGUAUGCCCACGUUGUUGGUAUGCCCACGUUGUUGGUAUGUCCACGUUGUUGGUAUGUCCACGUUGUUGGUAUGCCCACGUUGUUGGUAUGCCCACGUUGUUGGUAUGCCCACGUUGUUGGUAUGUCCACGUUGUUGGUACGUCCACGUUGUUGGUAUGCCCACGUUGUUGGUAUGCCCACGUUGUUGGUAUGCCCACGUUGUUGGUAUGUCCACGUUGUUGGUAUGUCCACGUUGUUGGUAUGUUCACCUGCAUGAUGGUGACGACGUCAUUCGUUUUUGUGAUCUGAUAUCAGUAAUCUACCCCUUUUAAAUUCACCCCUCGGUUCACAGGCUAGUUAUCUACAGAGGUUCAGGAAAACGUUCAUUUCAAGGGCAAAGAGAUAUACCAGUAAAUAAUGACUCCUCUUUUCUCUAUUCACUCUAGUUGUUUAGCUAAAAGCAGUCAGGUGUUUAGAGAGUAGGGACAUGGAGUUUUCUGCAUUAUGAUGCAUUUACAAGACACUACCACGGUCAUGUUAGCCCACCAUUAUCAUAACAUGUGGAGUAUUUCAAUAAUGCUAUGCAAAGAACAAUAUUAAACAUUCUAAAAGUUGUCCCAUCUCUCUCUCUCUAUAUAUAUAUAUAUACAGUGGAGAGAACAA